AUGGAGGGCCUCUUCUUCAACGUGGAUAACGGCUAUGUUGAAGGAGUCGUUCGCGGAUACCGCAAUAACCUUCUAAACACGCAGAACUACAGCAACUUGACGCAAUGCGAUACCGUCGACGAUGUCAAGCUUCAACUGGGUCCGUCCUAUGGCGAUUUCCUGGCUGCCCUCCCUCCGAACCCUUCUACAUCUGCUCUAGCCGGCAAGACAACCGAUAAGCUUGUUGCAGAAUUCCGCUAUCUACAGGCACAGGCCAGUGGCUCGACAGCCAAGUUCAUGGAAUACCUUACCUACGGGUACAUGAUCGACAAUAUCGCCCUCCUCAUCACCGGUACCUUGCACGAGCGAGACACCCGAGAGCUACUAGAAAGAUGUCACCCACUCGGCUUGUUUGAAACCAUGCCCGUCCUCUGCGUGGCAACUAACAUCGAGGAACUCUACAACACUGUGCUCAUCGAAACCCCUCUGGCGCCAUACUUCAAGGGCAGUCUGAGCCACCAGGACCUCGAUGAGUUGAACAUUGAGAUCGUCCGCAACACGCUCUACAAGAAUUACCUGGAAGAUUUCUACCAGUUCAUUAAUACCGACCCUGAGCUCAAAGACUCGCCCACCUCGGAAGUCAUGUCAGAAGCCCUAGAAUUCGAAGCUGAUCGUCGAGCAAUCAACAUCACCCUCAAUUCAUUCGGCACAGAACUUUCCAAAGCCGAGAGGAAAAAGCUAUAUCCCGAGUUCGGCAAGUUGUACCCCGAGGGCUCUCUGAUGCUAUCCAGAGCGGAUGAUCUUGAGGGCGUUUCACUCGCGGUGACUGUCGUGGCCGACUACAAGGCGUUCUUCGACACCGUUGGCCUGAACCAGCCAGGUGGCGGUGGCCCUGGUAGUGAUGGCAAGAGCUUGGAGGAUCUUUUCUACCAGAGGGAGAUGGAGUUGUUGAAGCUUGUGUUUACUCGCCAGUUCACUCCUGCCAUAAUAUACGCUUGGGUGAAACUACGAGAGCAGGAAAUUCGCAAUAUCACUUGGAUCGCGGAGUGUAUUGCCCAGAAUCAGAAGGAUAGGAUAGGGAAUUAUAUAAGCGUACUUUAG